AUGUCUCGGCUCCUGAGAGAUGUCCUCUGUGUAAUUGAGACAUUCCACAAGUAUGCCCGGGAGGCUGGUGAUGAGGCAACGCUGACCUGUACAGAGCUGAAACGGCUCAUCCAGGGCGAGUUUGGGGAUGUUCUUCAGCCACAUGCCAUUCUUGCUGUGGAGAGAAACUUGAACCUUCUGGAUACCCACAGCAAUAGCACCAUCAGUUUUGAUGAAUUUGUUCUUGCAAUCUUCAGCUUGUUGAACCUCUGUUACCUUGAUGUACAAUCGUUACUAAAAUCAGAAUCCAGACAAGUGUCUAAACCAGAGGAGAAGCCAAGUGGUAUGGAUCUUCAGGUGACCAGUGGUCCUGGCCAGUGGACAGAGCACACUCCACCAACUCAAGACAGCGUGGUACCUCCUUCAGGAAUGGCAUUAUCAGCUCAGCUCAGCCCUAAGGAAAGGGGACACAAUGGGGUUGACCCACAGGGAAACACCAAGACUUACAAGCUGCUAGUAGAAGCAUCUGAGCACAACGACUCUAAGAACCAACACCUGGAGAAAGAUCAACAGAGCCAGGAAACAGCCCAAGAUGUACCAGCUCCAGGAGACAGCGGGGCUCAACUUGAGAGAGAUAAGCCAAGAGCAGGAUCAGAACAGCUCGGCGGUCCCACAAAGGGGAAGGGACAGGAUGAGGAUAGUCCCAGGGAGGGAGAUAAACCAGUCAGGGAGCAAAGUGGCACUAAGACAAGAGAUCAAGAACAGAAAGGGAACCUGAGAACCCGAAGUGAUAUACCAGAAAAAACACCCAGGCCUUCCAAAGGUCAGGAAGUUGCAGCAGAAAAGGGCAUUAAGGAACAUUCUGAAACACAAGAACUGUUGCUGACAGGAAAAAACGACUCCAGCUCAGAGCACGCUGGCCUGCCAGGACAAGUGGCUGCCCAGAAACCCUUGCAGACAGAGGAAGCAGCCGAGCCUGAGGAUGCUGAUAGAGCAUCUGAGACUCAAGAACCAGGAGAGGAUGCUGAUGGGACACCACCUGAGCCAAAGAAUCCAGCUGAACCCCGAACAUCUGAGACCCAGGAACCACCAGCACAAGAAAGAGAACGUGAAACAAAGAACCUGCCUGUCCAAGGGGAUAGCAGAAAUAUUUCAGAAACACCUGAGGUUAGAGCUGUAAGGAAAGAGAGGAGAGGCUCUGAGGCCCAUGGAACAGCAGGGGAGAAACAAAAUGAGAGAAAAAUUCAGCUACCAACUCUGGAAGAACAACCACAGGAUGAAAAGUAUCAGGAACUUCAAGAGUCAUCAAAAGAAAGGUUGGAAGAAGGUUCUAAGAUGAAAGGGUUAAGCUCGCAAGGAGGAAAUAAGAAUCGUACUGAAACUGAAGGAGCAGUCACUCCAGAUGAGGCAACAUAUGCUGAGAAAGACAUAGCAGAAGCACUCAUGAGCACCAAAAAUGUCACUGUAGCAGAAGGGACACCAGGAGCGAAAGAAAUACAAGAAUUGGAACCACUCAAGAACCAGUCUGGAGAAGAAAAUAAGAGGGUCACCAGGACACAUGACAAGCCAGCAAAGGAGGAUGAUGGUUACCAGGGAAAGGAUCCCGAGGCCACGCUCGCACAGAAUAAUGAGAGUUCUCCCAAAACUCCCAAUAGCCUGGCUCUAGAGGAUGGUGACAACAGCUCAGAGACCACUGACUUGCCUGUGCAAGAGGAUGCCCAGAGUCAAGUGGACCCUCUCAGAGAGUCUGUGGAAAGAAGUCACAAUAAUUACCCAGACACUGGGAAACAAGUAGCACUGGAUGGGGAAAGAAGAAGUCAGGAAGCCAUGGUGCCGGCAGUAGGAGGGAAUAAGCAGCUCACUGAGGAACUGGAAUGGGCUUCCAGAGAAGAACACAGGAGUCAGGACUCAGGGACCAAAGGUCCAAGUCCAGCUGUGCAUCCCGAUGGACAUCCAGGAGCACAGGAGUCCACAGCAAGUGGUGAAAACAGAAAGUUGCUGGAGACAGACCACCCAGGUACCCUGGAUGUAGGCUUCCCUGACCAGCUUUCUGUAAGGCAGCUCCCUGCAAAGGAAGACAGCAGUAAAACACUAAAGGUCCAGGGCCCAAGUACUGAAGGAGAGGAAGACGGAGCACCAGAGACCCAGGAGGCUCGAGUAAAAAGUCUGGGUCAGGACAAUCCAGCCUCCCCCAUGACACAACUUGAAAGAGAGGAACCUGCAACAUUGGAGGAGGAUGAAAUCCCCCAAGAGUUGGCAGGAGAAGCCAAUGACCAGCAAAAUCCAGCCAAGAAAGGAUAUGAUGCCUCGGUCCCCCAGUCAGGCCUUGAAGAGAAGAUCCAUAUGGACCAAGAGCCCCAUUUUGUGGAGCGGGGUGCAGUCUAUGCUAGUCCUCUGUACCAGUACCUGCAAGAAAAGCUACUGCAGCAGAUGCAUAUGACCCAAGCAGGGCAGCAAAAUCAAGCUCGGUCAGCCAGAGCAUCAAGUCCAGAUCAUCCGGUAUUCUUCAGUGACUGCCAAGCAUUACGUUCCACCAGAGAACAUCUGCCUGGUGCAGAUCCUGCUGAUGCACAGCAAACAUCAGCCCCUUAG